GCUGGGCCCGAUCCCGGCCCGCACCCCUUCGCCAGGGACCCCUCCCCCCGGACUCUUGGACCCUGCCGCCUGGAGAGUUUAAACCACAAACUUUUCCUGCUGCGACUCUUCGGAUCCCGCCCCCCUCGUUGCUGCCUCCGCGCUGAACUCCGGGCAGAGCGCGUGCGAGCCCGGCAUGGGGGAGGAGGGUCGCCUCCCAGCUGGUUCGUUAUGGAGCUCGGUCGGGGGUGGCUUGUCGGGUUUUACCCCCCCUAAGGCACCUGCCGCGCGAGAGCCCGGGAGCCUCCGGGGCGUUUCCAGCCGCGUUUAAGGACUCGGCCUUCCCAGGAGCGGACCCAGACGAGUUUGGGGGAUGCCCUGUCCGGCGCGCCUUGGCAGUUCUCCCGGGCGGCGCUGCGUGUGCCCACGCCGCCUCCUUCCCUGGACUCCAGCAUAAGACUCCGUCGAGCCACGACGCCAGCCCGGGCCCGCUUGGCCUCUUGGGCUUCGCCGUGCGGCUUCUGCUCGCCAUGGCCGGCUUGCGCUCCAGCCUGGGGGACGCUUUGUUGAGCCUUCUGCUGGUCUUGCUGAAGGCUCCCCUUCCCGCGCCGGCCGCGUCCAAAGCCAUCGUUUGCCAGGAGAUCACCGUGCCCAUGUGCAAAGGCAUCGGCUACAAUUUGACGUACAUGCCCAACCAGUUCAACCACGACACGCAGGACGAAGCCGGGCUGGAGGUGCACCAGUUCUGGCCCCUGGUGGAGAUUCAGUGCUCUCCGGAUCUGAAGUUUUUCCUGUGCAGCAUGUACACCCCCAUCUGCCUGCUGGACUACGCCAAGCCUCUGCCCCCCUGCAGGUCGGUGUGCGAGAGGGCCAAGGCCGGCUGCUCCCCUCUGAUGCGGCAGUAUGGCUUUGCCUGGCCCGAGAGGAUGAACUGCGACAAACUGCCCGUCCUGGGGGAUGCCGAGAUGCUGUGCAUGGAUUACAACCGGACCGAGGCCGCCGCCGCCCCCACCACACUGCCCCCGUUCUUUACGAAACCCACGCGCUCCUCCAAAGGGGUCCACAGAAACCUCACCCCACUCAGCGACUGCAAGAGAGCGUGUGAGUGCAAAGAGCCCCUGGUCUUCAUCUCCAAAGAAACCCACCCCCUCUACAACAAGAUUGAGACGGGCCACGUGCGCAACUGCGCCAUCCCUUGCUUCCAGCCCUAUUUCACCCAACACGAGAAGACCUUUGCCACCUUCUGGAUAGGCCUGUGGUCCGUCCUCUGCUUCAUCUCCACCUUCACCACGGUGGCCACCUUUCUGAUCGACAUGGAGCGGUUCAGGUACCCGGAGCGCCCCAUCAUCUUCUUGUCCGCUUGCUAUCUCUUUGUGUCCAUCGGCUACAUCAUCCGGCUGGUCGUGGGCCACGCCAGUGUGGCCUGCAACAAAGACUACAACCACAUCCAUUACGAGACCACGGGACCCGCGCUCUGCACGGUGGUCUUCCUCCUGAUCUACUUCUUUGGCAUGGCCAGCUCCAUCUGGUGGGUCAUCUUGUCUCUCACCUGGUUCCUGGCUGCUGGGAUGAAAUGGGGGAACGAGGCCAUCGCCAGCUAUUCCCAGUAUUUUCACAUGGCGGCCUGGCUCAUUCCCAGUGUCAAGUCCAUCGCCGUGCUGGCCCUGAGCUCGGUGGACGGUGACCCCGUGGCCGGCAUCUGCUACGUGGGCAACCAGAACCUAGACAAGCUGCGGGGCUUUGUGUUGGCCCCCUUAGUGGUGUACCUCUUCACUGGGACCAUGUUUCUGUUGGCAGGUUUUGUGUCUCUCUUCAGGAUCCGAAGUGUCAUCAAGCAAGGAGGCACCAAGACGGACAAGCUGGAGAAGCUGAUGAUCCGCAUUGGCAUCUUCACCGUCCUUUACACCGUCCCGGCCACUGUUGUGGUGUCCUGCUAUAUUUAUGAGCAGCAUUACAGGGAGAUCUGGGAGAUGGCUCAGAACUGCUCGUGCCCUGGGGACAAGAACAAGCCUAAGCCCGACUAUGUGGUCUUCAUGUUGAAGUACUUCAUGUGUCUGGUGGUAGGGAUCACCUCCGGGGUCUGGAUUUGGUCAGGCAAGACUCUCGAGUCUUGGAAGCGGUUCACGGGGAGGUGUUGCCGGCAGGGGAAGCCCACGAACACGGCCAUGUACAGCGAAGCAAACACAGCUCUGACCGCUAGGACUGGGCUACCCAAUUCUGCUUCAUACCACAAACAAGUCCCACUGUCCCAUGUAUGACAUUGAAAAGAAGCACCUUGCUUGGUCACAGUUGGGCGCAGUUCUUUCUGUUUACCCUCCAACCUGCCACUCAUUGGAACAAUCGUGGGUGCCGGAUCGUAUGUUCCCGGCUGCGGUUUCUCAGAAGAGAGCGCCUGUGCGCCUGUGUUUUUUAACGUCUUCCCCAUCCCAAGCUCAGAAAGUAGGACGCUACUGCUAGUUCGGUCUAAGACUGAGUUCGUUUUUAAAAACCCGUAGGCAAGGACAAUCGGCUGCCCGCCUCCACUUCCAGAAGAGGGUCGUCCCAUGCUCUGUGCUGAAGCCCCGGCUACUGCAGACACCUUUUGAGGAAAGCUGUUUAAAAGCUGACACCUCUCAGCAAACAUGAAGCAGGACUGACUGUUGCAGAAGGUCGCCAACUCCGGGUGUCGCUCCUUUUCCAAUGCAAAAUGUUUGCACUUUAAUUAUGCAUGGGAAAAAAUGUGUGUUGAAUCAGCUUUGCAAAGAGGAUGUGCCCAUUUCCCUAAUCUCUAGCUGGAGAGUCUGGAGGAGUUGCAAUGUUUGUGAGAGGCUGGCUCCAGCCCGUCACUCGCUCAAGCUGGACUUUGAGACCAUCUUGUGCCCCUGCCUCCCCCAUUAGCCCUGCCUGGGGAGGAGCCACUGUGAGCCAGGAUUUGGUGGGUUGCUCUUCUAAGGGCUGGACGACAAAUGCACACCUCUCGCUUGAUAAUCAUGUGCACAGCUCAAAUGUUACAGGUGACACUUUUAUAUUCUCUCACACAAUGCUUUUCAGUGGAUUUAAUUUUGCCCACUGCAUUUAGCAGGAAAGUUGUGUAUGCUUCUCUCUCCCCAUUUAAAAUCAACAGGACUUCAGCUGCAAUCCUGUACAUGCUUCCCUGGGCUUUACCUAGGUUUACCUUUGAGAAGAGAUGCACGAGCCUAUGCUGUCAACAGCGCUGAAUGGUGGCUAAUUUACACCCAGUUCUUGCGAGAAAGAUAAAAACCCAGCGUAUCUUUCUCUACAGUUUCCAACGUAUUUCCUUUGUAAAGGUAUCUGUGGUUUGUUUUUUGUUUUAUCCAUUACCCUGCACUUUAAAACUUUGAAUUAAACCUUUCCAGUGUCACCACCAAUACCACACUUUCAGCUUCUUGCUUAGGUAUUUCUAUGAGUCCGCUUUUCCCUACCUGGCACCUUCCAGAUGUGUUGGACUACAACUCCCCAGAUUCAAAGGGUUAAGGAAAAAGACCAUUUUAACAAAGUUUUAUCACAUGAAUACAAUUCAACAGCAGUAU